AUGCUUGACGAAAACGGCGGAGGGAUUUUGCACGAUUGGGAUCUUGCUAAGGGGGGCAGAGUUGCAGAGAGUUUGGUUUCGGAGGAUGGCUUUGCCCACAACCCUUAUCGAACGGGGAUAUGGUACUUUCUUUCAGCUCGUCUCCUGAUUGAACCGCUCAAGAUACAUACCCUGCAAGACGACCUCGAAUCCUUCUUCUACCUUGUUCUUUAUUAUGCACUCCGGUAUAUUCCUUACAAUCAAGGGAUAGAGAAGCUGAAGGAAUUGCAAUCCCAGAUAUUCGAGGAGUGUAGGUGGAACAGCACGAGCGGCCAGUACCUUGGUGGCGAAGGGAAAUUCUUCACGAUUACGCGCGGAUACCACACUCUCAGGAUUAACUUCGUGGAUCACAGGCCUCUUCAAAACUGGCUGCGGAACACAUUGGGCUGUAUCGCCGAGUUUUAUCGGUACUGCAUCGACACUGAACAGAAGCACUUUGAAGAGCACGAAGGCGAACCACUUCCGUUACACUGCGUACCUGUGCCUCCACCGCCUGCCAGCAUCGGCCUUCACAAUCAUGAAUAUUUUUCUUCCCUCGUUAAGACGGCCCUCGAGGCGCCUGGUUGGGCGUCCAUGCGCACGUACCUUGGCGAUGACCUUGAUCAAUACGUCCGAACUCGAGGACGCAGGCGUAUGUCGACACUGGUGCUCCCCCGCAUCUGUGGACCACCGAAACGCCGAUUGUUCUAG